UCUUCAUUGUUGAGUGACACACGCUUGAGCUAAAACGAAUACAGCUGACGUCCACUUACUGGGACUGACGUUUUGAAGGCGUGUCUGGAUUCUGCAUGAGAAAAUCACAGUAGAGAAACACACCGCCAGCAGCUGGAAUCAGGCUUGUUUCAGCCAGGAAAAUGUUUGUGGUUAGCUUUACGGUUUAGCUUUCCUUGGAUUCUGCUGUGGGAAGUUAUGCUCCAUGGAAAUGAAGACAUUAUGGGAGCUCCAUCAGUUCAUUUGGACAGAUGUUUUUGCCAGCACAAAUUGGGUUCUUCUGUCAGACUGAAGAAACCUGGUUCUUGUGUUACAUAUGCAAUGUGGCUGAAGAUACAUCUACUUAUUGUCCUCCUAUCAGGUCAAGCUUUAGGUCAACUAACCUCCACUGCUCCGUCCAGCAUUGCCACAUCAACAACAGCUUCACAAACCUCAGCAGGUGAAGCAUCUGUUGUUCCAAGCUCCCAAGCUGCUUCCUCUACUUUUCACACAGUUACAGCAGUUUCUGAUAGUCAGUCUUCUGCUGCUUCAUCCAUUAUUCCAACUUCUGCAACCACCGUACAGACCUCAGUAGUGUUUUAUUUCCUUGAUGUCAAUGUGGAUGUCACUGGACCGAGUAAGAAUGAAUCCGACAUCAUUGCCUGGCUUGACCAGGUUUUCCGAAAUGAGCUGGGGCCCUGCGUGUUUCAAGGAGCAACAACUACUGCCCCCACAUCUCAGCAAACUGUAAAUGUGACAGAACAAGUGGCAACAACACAGACUUCACCACAAAACUUUAGUGCAACUACAAAUGUACCAACAGUGUUACAGGGCAACAUAACAUCUAAGGCUGCAACAAUGCUAAAUGGCAACGACACAACAACGAUGGAAGCAAUAAUAAAUAGUAAUAUCACAACUACAGAUGCAACAGCAACACCAGUAACUGAAAACGUCACAACACCAGCUUCGAUAACAAUGUUACAUGACAACACAACAACCACAGUUGCAGCAACUGUUUUGAAUGACAACAAAACAACAGCGGCAUCAAAGGCAUCAAUCAGCAACACAACAGUUACAGCUGCAGGAACUGCAGCAUUUGAUGGCAACAUAACGUCAACGGCUGCAUCAACUACUGCGGCACAAAGCAACAUGACAACUACUGCUGCUUCAACUACUGCAACGCAAAGCAACAUGACAACUACUGCUGCUUCAACUACUGCAACGCAAAGCAACAUGACAACUACUGCUGCUUCAACUACUGCAACACAAAGCAACAUGACAACUACUGCUGCUUCAACUACUGCAACGCAAAGCAACAUGACAACUACUGCUGCUUCAACUACUGCAACGCAAAGCAACAUGACAACUACUGCUGCAUCAACUACUGCAACACAAAGCAACAUGAUAACUACUGCUGCAUUAACUACUGCAACACAAAGCAACAUGACAAUUACUGCUGCAUCAACUUCAGCAACACAAAGCAACAUUACAACUACUGCUGUAUCAACUACUGCAACACAAAGCAACAUGACAACUACUGCUGCAUCAACUACUGCAACACAAAGCAACAUGACAACUAUUGCUGCGUCACCUACUGCAACACAAAGCAACAUGACAAUUACUGCUGCAUCAACUUCAGCAACAAAUAGCAGCAUGACAACUACUGCUGCAUCAACUACUGCAACACAAAGCAACAUGACAAUUGCUGCUAUGUCAACUACUGCAACACCAAGCAACAUGACAACUACUGCUGUGUCACCUACUGCAACACAAAGCAAUGUGACAACUAUUGCUGUAUCAACUACUGAAACACAAAGCAACAUGACAACUACUGCUGCAUCACCUAAUGCAACACAAAGCAACAUGACAAUUACUGCUGCAUCAACUUCAGCAACACAAAGCAACAUGACAGCUACUGCUGUGUCACCUACUGCAACACAAAGCAACAUGAUAAUUGCUACUACGUCAACUACUGCAACGCAAAGCAACAUGACAGCUACUGCUGUGUCACCUACUGCAACACAAAGCAACAUGACAAUUGCUACUACGUCAACUACUGCAACACAAAGCAACAUGAUAAUUGCUACUACGUCAACUACUGCAACGCAAAGCAACAUGACAACUACUGCUGCUUCAACUACUGCAACACAGAGCAACAUGACAGCUACUGCUGCAUCAACUACAGCAACACAAAGCAACAUGACAACUACUACUGCAUCAACUACUGCAACACAAAACAACAUGACAACUACUGCUGUGUCACCUACUGCAACACAAAGCAACAUGACAAUUACUGCUGCAUCAACUUCAGCAACAAAUAGCAACAUGACAACUACUGCUGCAUCAACUACUGCAACACCAAGCAACAUGACCACUUCUGCUGUAUCAACUACUGCAACACAAAGCAACAUGACAACUACCGCUGCAUUAACUACUGCAACACCAAGCAACAUGACAAUUACUGCUGCAUCAACUUCAGCAACAAAUAGCAACAUGACAACUACUGCUGCAUCAUCUACUGCAUCACAAAGCAACAUGACAACUACUGCUGCAUCAACUACUACAUCACAAAGUAACACUACAGCUACUAUUGCAACAACUACAGACCUAAAAAGCAACACUCCAACCACAGUUACAACUACAGCGUCACAAAGCAACAGUCCAACAACUCCAACAGCUACAGCACUAACAAGCAAUGGUUCGACAACUCCAACAGCUACUGCACAAAUAAGCAACGGUCCGACAACUCCGACAACUACUGCACUAACAAGCAACGGUCCGACAACUCCAACAGCUACAGCACAAAUAAGCAAUGGUUCGACAACUCCAACAACUACUGUACAAAUAAGCAACGGUCCGACAACUCCGACAACUACAGCACUAACAAGCAACGGUCCAACUACUCCGACAACUACAGCACUAACAAGCAACGAUCCGCCAACUCCAACAGCUACAGCACUAACAAGCAACGGUCCGUCAACUCCAACAACUACAGCACUAACAAGCAACGAUCCACCAACUCCAACAGCUACAGCACUAACAAGCAACGAUCCACCAACUCCAACAGCUACAGCACUAACAAGCAACGGUCCGUCAACUCCAACAACUACAGCACUAACAAGCAAUGGUUCGCCAACUCCAUCAACUACAGCACUAACAAGCAACGAUCCGCCAACUCCAACAGCUACAGCACAAUUAAGCAAUGGUCCGACAACUCCGACAACUACAGCACUAACAAGCAACGGUCCGACAACUCCGACAACUACAGCACUAACAAGCAAUGGUUCGCCAACUCCAUCAACUACAGCACUAACAAGCAACGAUCCACCAACUCCAACAGCUACAGCACUAACAAGCAACGGUCCGUCAACUCCAACAACUACAGCACUAACAAGCAAUGGUUCGCCAACUCCAUCAACUGCAGCACUAACAAGCAACGAUCCGCCAACUCCAACAGCUACAGCACAAUUAAGCAAUGGUCCGACAACUCCGACAACUACAGCACUAACAAGCAACGGUCCGACAACUCCGACAACUACAGCACUAACAAGCAAUGAUCCGCCAACUCCAACAGCUACAGCACUAACAAGCAACGAUCCGCCAACUCCAACAGCUACAGCACAAAUAAGCAAUGAUCUGCCAACUCCAACAGCUACAGCACAAAUAAGCAAUGGUCCGACAACUCCGACAACUACAGCACUAACAAGCAACGAUCCGCCAACUCCAACAGCUACAGCCCAAAUAAGCAACGGUCCGACAACUACAGCACUAACAAGCAAUGAUCCGCCAACUCCAACAGCUACAGCACAAAUAAGCAAUGGUCCGACAACUCCGACAACUACAGCACUAACAAGCAAUGGUCCGACAACUCCGACAACUACAGCACUAACAAGCAAUGAUCCACCAACUCCAACAGCUACUGCACAAAUAAGCAAGGGUCCGGCAACUCCAACAGCUACAGCACUAACAAGCAACGGUCCGACAACUCCAACAACUACAGCACUAACAAGCAACGGUCUGACAACUCCAACAACUACUGCACAAAUAAGCAAUGGUCCGGCAACUCCAACAGCUACAGCACUAACAAGCAACGGUCCGACAACUCCAACAACUACUGCACAAAUAAGCAAUGGUCCGACAACUACAGCACUAACAAGCAACAGUCCGACAACUACAGCCCUAACAAGCAAUGAUCCGCCAACUCCAACAGCUACUGCACAAAUAAGCAACGGUCCGACAACUCCAACAGCUACAGCACUAACAAGCAACGGCCCGCUAACUCCAACAACUACAGGUCUAAGAAGCAACGGUUCGCCAACUCCAUCAACUACAGCACUAACAAGCAACGGUCCGCCAACUCCAACAACUACAGCACUAACAAGCAACGGUCCGACAACUCCGACAACUACAGCACUAACAAGCAACGGUCCGACAACUCCAACAACUACAGCACUAACAAGCAACGGUCUGCCAACUCCGACAACUACAGCACUAACAAGCAACGAUCCAUCAACUCCAACAGCUACAGCACUAACAAGCAACGAUCCAUCAACUCCAACAGCUACAGCACUAACAAGCAACGAUCCGCCAACUCCAACAGCUACAGCACAAAUAAGCAACGGUCCGCCAACUCCAACAACUACAGGUCUAAGAAGCAACGGUCCAACAACUACAGCACUAAGAAGCAACACUCCAAUCACAGUUACAACAAUUACAGCAUCACGAAGCAACAGUCCAGCCAUAACUACACCAAGUCCCAUUUUGCCAUCUUUGAUCACCAGCAUGUCAACUUUAUUGCCAAACAUGACUGUGUCAUCGCAGUCAUUGAAUCCUCAAGCCCCGUCUUCAGGAGGUUCAAGGAGGAAGCGUUCCGUCCCCCAGAACAGCGACAAUUUGACGAUAAGCAGCAAUGACACAGCUUUGGUUUUUCAAGGAAUGGAAGUGUCCUGCUCUAUAAAAACUGAAAUAAAUCAGACCAAGUGCACCAUCAUGCUUGCGCUGAGUCACAAAAUAUCAUCAUGCUGUAUCCUACAAAAACUCUGUGCAGCCAGCAAAAGUUCCUCUGACAUCCAUGUGGUGGGAAACAGGAUAGAUGAACAGAAUCGGCUUCAAAACAAGUGCGAUGGUAACUUAGAGGAGCCAAACAGCUGCAUUUAUUCUGGUCCGCUGGGUGCGUCAUGUGUGGAGCCUGAGUUUGCAUAUGUCAUUCCACCAAUAAACCUAACAGACUGUGUGACAGAGAACAGUUGUAACUGCUCUUCUUACUGCAUCAGAUCUGAUGCGUACUACACGUUUUCCAUUUCACUACAAGAUCCAACAAUGAACUCUUCAUCUCUUUCAUCUCUGAUUUCAAUCCUGGCACAACCACCUAACUGCUCCAUCACUACAACUGUUACAUGUCAAUUAUUGGCCACGAUUGCAUCUGAGUACAGGAGUGCCAGAGUGGACUGUGAAAUGACAAAGCUGAGUUGCAGAGUGAUAUUAGGUUUUGCACGGGAAGUCUCCAUUUGUUCAGUGGCAGAAGCUGUUUUAAAUGUUUUUCUACUUGAAGAAAAGAUCCAGUAUGACGGGCAAGUGAGACGAGCAGCAAUUUGUGGAAGCGCAGAAAUUAAUGCCAACUCACUCAACUUCCAGUUCAGUUAUAAUGAUAGUGAGAUAAGCCCACAUGACUUUUGUCUCGAAAUAAAGGGAUCUAACCUCACAUGCCAAACUGGAGAAAAUAUUGUUGUACAUUUGAAAGAACAAUGUGUUGUACCUACCACAACUAGCCCAAAUGUGACAAUUAGUCCCAACAUGACUAGCCUAAAUACAACAGCUAGCCCAAAUGUGACUAGCCUAAAUACAACAGCUAGCCCAAAUGAGACACUUAGCCUAAAUACAACAGCUAGCCCAAAUGAGACACUUAGCCUAAAUACAACAGCUAGCCCAAAUGAGACACUUAGCCUAAAUACAACAGCUAGCCCAAAUGUGACUAGCCUAAAUACAACAGCUAGCCCAAAUGAGACACUUAGCCUAAAUACAACAGCUAGCCCAAAUGAGACACUUAGCCUAAAUACAACAGCUAGCCCAAAUGAGACACUUAGCCUAAAUACAACAGCUAGCCCAAAUGAGACACUUAGCCUAAAUACAACAGCUAGCCCAAAUGUGACUAGCCUAAAUACAACAGCUAGCCCAAAUGAGACACUUAGCCUAAAUACAACAGCUAGCCCAAAUGAGACAUUUAGCCUAAAUACGACAGCUAGCCCAAAUGAGACAUUUAGCCUAAAUACAACAGCUAGCCCAAACGUAACUAGCCUAAAUACAACAGCUAGCCCAAACGUAACUAGCCUAAAUACAACAGCUAGCCCAAACGUAACUAGCCUAAAUGCCACAAUUCCUAUAAACUCUACAUUUGACCCAAAUGUGACAGUCAUUACGAAUGUGACAAUAGUGAGUUCAACAUUACAACCAAACAAUAACACAUUGACUCCAACAACAACCCCAAAAACACAACAGAACACAACAUGGGCCCCAUCAGUGUCCACAACUGCUGCUGGAGGAAAACCGUCAUCAAACACAACUAGAAGCACAACAAGUGGAUUUGUUUCUGUGACCACCUUAGUGAGUUCUACAGGAAAUGGAACAGCUGAAAGCCAAGCCAAAGACCUUCUUGCACUGACUCAAGACGUGUCAAAACUGACCGCAGCACAGAUAGAUCAGCUGGUGUCACAGCUAGAGAAGCUUCUGUCAGGCCCGACUGUCAGCAAGGAACUGGGAGACAUCUCUGUCAACAUUGUCAGCAAUCUGUUGGAUGCUUCACCUGACAAGCUGUCGAGCUCCUCUGACAGGAUUAUUGGGAUUGUUGACACGGUGGGGUUGAAGCUGGUGAUUGGAGCCACCGCUGAGAACCUGAUGUACCCUUCUUUGGCUGUCUCUGUGAAACCAGUAGAUGGCGCCAACUUGCAGGAGACUGUUUUUUCCAUCUUAGAUCCAAAUAAUGUUCAGGUUCGGGGGAAUCCAAGGUUGAAAAGGAGCGCAUUAAAGGACUCCUCCAUCCCUCAAGGCUCCAUUACUCUUCCUCCCUCCCUCACUCAAAAUCUAACCGCUGAGGAACAAAAGCUGGUCUCCAGGCUUCAGUUCAAUUUCUACCAGAAGAGCUCAGUCUUUAAGGAUGUCUCAUUAGAACAACGGAAACUUAACAGUGGGAUCUUGGGAGCAAGCGUGGCCAAUCUGUCAAUCGAAGGAUUAAAGGAAAGUGUUGUAAUUCGCCUGAGAAACACAGAACCUGUUCCAGCUAAUUUUGUGGCAGUGUGUGUUUUCUGGGACUUUACAUUUAACAAAGGUUUAGGUGGCUGGAACUCAGAUGGCUGCUUUGUCAAAGAAACCAACGACAAUGAGACAGUUUGUGGCUGCAACCAUUUAACCAGCUUUGCUAUUUUACUGGACAUCUCCAGAGAGACUGUUACCAGUCGUGUUCAGGCCACCAUCCUCACCUUCAUCACAUAUAUAGGUUGUGGACUUUCUGCCAUCUUCCUGUCCGUAACUCUCCUCACUUACUUGGCAUUUGGAAAGCUGCGUAAAGACAUCCCAUCCAAAAUUCUGAUCCAGCUUUGCCUGGCUCUUCUGCUGCUCAACCUGGUGUUCCUGGUGGACGCCUGGCUGGCGCUUUAUCCCACAGCCGUGGGCCUCUGCAUUUCCACGGCCUGGUUCCUUCACUACUUCCUACUGGUUUCCUUCACCUGGAUGGGGCUCGAGGGCGUCCACAUGUACUACGCACUUGUGAAAGUCUUCAAUGACAACAUAUCCCACUACAUGCUGAAGUUCUCGCUGGUGGGCUGGGGAGUCCCAAUGAUAGUGGUCAUCAUUGUGAUCGCGAUUGACAAAAACAACUACGGCCUCAUGUCCUAUGGAAAGUUUUCAGAUGGCACGAGUGAUGACUUCUGCUGGAUAAGAAACGACAUCGCCUUCUAUGUGGCAGUCGUGGCCUAUUUCGGUGUGAUUUUUAUCUUCAACAUGAUCAUGUUUGUUGUGGUCUUAGUCCAGUUGCACCGGAUAAAAAAACAGAAUCCUCAUAACAACAAGCACCGCAGCGCGGCGCAGGACGCACGCAGCAUGAUCGGGAUCACCCUCCUCCUAGGUCUCACAUGGGGAUUUGCCUUUUUUGCGUGGGGUCCUGUUAAUCUGGCAUUUAUGUACCUCUUUGCCAUCUUUAAUUCUCUGCAAGGAUUCUUCAUAUUUGUGUUCCACUGUGCGGUGAAAGAAACCGUCAGAAGGCAGUGGAGGACCUACCUAUGCUGCGGCAACAUGAGACUCCCAGAAAACUCAGAGUGGAGUCGCACUACAACACAGAAAACCACAAAGAAGUCUCCACUGACCUCCUUUACAUCCUCACAAAGCAGUCGGCCAUCUAGAUCUACUUUUCUGCCCAGUACGCCAUCAGGCCAGAUGAACGGCAUUGGAAAUCCACUUGAAGACAGAAUAAUUACAGCUGACGAAGAACCGAGGACAGAUGUGGUUUUCAACGAGAUCAACAGCCAGCUCCGGAGUCGACGGGGGUCCUGACCUACUUAGAGCAGCCUGUUAACUGCCUGUAUAUAAUGUAAUUUACCAGAAAAUAUUUAUGUAUUGUUCAUCUCCGUCACAUGUAUUAGUUGACUGAUUUCUAAGAAAUUUUAAGUCUAAAGUUGAAAUUUUUUAUAACUCUAAAGCUAUUGUUGUGCUUAUUUUUACAUAAUCUUUAUUUAAUAUACAAACCUAUUUAUUUAACAUUUAACAUAACAUUUGAAUGUGUAUCUUAGAUUUAAUGAUCGUACGCACUUUACAGCUGUUGCUUUCAAACAGCAAAUUAAAGUUCAUAUAACAGUACAUAGACUACAUUUCUUUGCCAUACUUAUGAUUUAUGGAUUUCCCUUUUCAAAUCUAAGAACCGACACUGAGUGGGUUGAGAGACCUCUUUAGUUUAGAUAAUCCGAUAACAGCAAAUUUUAAAAUCCCACACAUAUAUCCAAAAAGUUCUGUCAUAUUAAUAAACAGCUGAAAUAUGAAUGACCGAAGUUAAAUAUUUGCCAAAAAAAAAGACAACUGACAAAAAGACAGGUCAAUCUGAGUCAUGUUGGUCAACUGACUUCACAAGCUUUCUAUACUGCUGCUGGUGAAAUCACAAACACUGAAAAAUGGUGGAUAAAUCACUCAAAUCUCCCUUUACCCACUUGUUAACAAAAUAAUAGAAAAACAUAGUAAAUCCUAGAAUUGUCUAUAAAGUUUAAUGUUUCAGACAAGUUUAAGUUUUGUUGGAUCGAACUUAAGUCUGUCUGCUGAGAAACCGCACUAUGCUUCAGACAUUUUGUGUGCCAGAAACAUCUGGAGCGCGGUGCCGUCUUCAGGCUAACCUUAACAACCGCAAACACACCAAACGAUUUCUCUGUGCAUCUUACAAUUUCACUGAAAAUAUCAGAAGAAAACGGAAGCACAACAGAAGCUAAGCGAAGCAGGAUAGCAUUGUGAAGUUCCUGUCUGCAAAAAAGCUGCAGCCAGGACAGAACGACUUGGCUUUGUUAAGAGGCUUAUUAUAUCCAUUUUUUAUGUUUAUUUCAGCAUUUCUUCACAUAAGUGUAAGCAGUGAGGCAUCCAGUUACAAUGCAAUGUGUGUUGCAACAUAUUUACUCGACAGCUCCAAACAUUUGAUAUUUUUUGCUAUAAAUAUGAAACUUAAGGAAAAAAAACAGAAACUAUUUCCCCCAAAACUCUUUAAUUGUAGAUGGUCAAACAGUUUCAGAACAGCAUUUGGUGAGUUUGUAAUGAAUAAAUAAAUGUCCCAGAGGGUCCAUCUAAUGUGCUGUGUACUGUAUAUAUAUGUAAGCUACAUUCACAGUCCUCAGCAUGCACCCAAUAUACUUAUCAGGAGAAAUCAAAGAUGCUAAAAACAGAACAUAAAAAACCAGCACAAGCACAACGAUGGCAACAAUGAGGAGGAAUAAUUUCCCUUUUAAACACACCUGGACUACAACACUUAGCAUUCACUGGGGAUGAACCACACUGCCUGGAUAUAACACUGAAAGAGAUGCAUCGUAUUUCAGUGGCAGAAACAAAAGGAGAAAAAAAACAAACUUAAAAACAAC